AUGUUAUUCUCACUUUUUCAACUUGUCUUGCUUUACUUCUAUUUUUCGUUCUCUUUCUCUCUCUCUCUUUCUUUUUCUUUCUUUCUUUCUUUCUUUUACUUUCAUACAUUUAAUAAUUCUUAUGAAACCAUUUUUCUUUCAUUAUUUUAUUCGUUAUUUUUAUUUCAUUCCCCUGUGAGACCCUUUUUCUUUCAUUCGUCUUUAUUCGUUAUUUUUCUUUUAUUCCCCUGUCAAACUCUUUUUCUUUCGUUCAUCUUUAUUUGCUAUUUUUCUUUCAUUCCCUGUCAAAACCUUUUUUCUUUCAUUCAUCUUUAUUCGUUAUUUUUCUUUCAUUCUCCUAUCAAACCCUUUUUCUUUCAUUCAUCUUUAUUAGUUAUUUUUCUUCCUUGCUUCCUUGAUCCAUCCUUUUUUCCCUUAAAAUAUAUUUCCUUUUUAUUCUGCUUUCUUUCAUUUCUUUUCUAUUUCGUUCAUUCUUUUCACUUAUGCUUUCUUUCAUUCUUUUUUAUUCUUUUCCUCCCAAAACGGCAACGACACUCUCCGGAAGAUCAAAUUUCUAGUUUUAUGGAUUCUAUUUUAUCAAUUUUUGUCUUUUCGCACCUCGAAUUUCAUUAA